UUACUUCUUUACAACAACUAUAACAGUGUCACGGGAUGGGACAUCAGACUAUGACUGAUACUGAACGCUGACCGACGCCAGUUGCCGUCGGCUGCAGUGGGGUGGAGCCGAAAAUGACAGUAAACAUAAACAUACGAACAACUCAUUGAUUUGCCACAGUCAUUUAGAAAUGAUUGUUCUUCGAAAAAUUAUUUUUACACGGGCUAAGUGGUCGUCGAAUGGGCGAAGUAUUCAGAAUCUCCGAACUUUCAAACUUCAGAUUGUUUGGUAGUGUAAGAACCGUUGUAGGUUAGAUAUACAUUGCUGGCUAAGUCAUCGUGAAGUAAACAUUCCAAGCAAGCCGUUCGAUAUCUUGCAUCUCUGUGAUACUGUGGAACUCACUUUUACUCAAUUUGAUGGCGUUGAGGUACAAAACUUGGAAAUGGAGGCGAACAGCAACGAUAAUUUCAAUUUUUUUACUAGUUUUUGGCAUAGAAUUUUUAUCACAUUUCUUUCAAGCUUGGACUUGGGAAAGGCUGUCGUGCCCAUCAGGCUCAAGUUGCAAACGCCUCCUCUUUGUCGCUGAUCCUCAAAUACUAGGAGAGCAUGAUGAGCCCAACUGGAUUACAAUUUGGGAUAAUGAUCGUUACCUUCGUCGCACCUUUUCACUUGCAACAUCACACGUUCAACCUGAUGCAGUUGUUUAUCUGGGAGACUUAAUGGAUGAAGGAAAUCGAGCUGAUGACUUUGAGUUUGAAAGAUAUGUCAAGCGCUUCUUUAAUAUAUUCCCCCUCAAUCCCAAAAUUGAAACUUUAUUCCUACCAGGGGAUAAUGAUAUUGGUGGUGAAAAUGGGGAUCCCAUUCUACCUUCUAUUGUGCAAAGAUUUCGCCAAAUUUUUCAUAAGAAGACAGAAUUAGUAGUUGGUUUAUGUCAUAUUAUUAAGAUUAAUCCAGUUUUGGAAUCUAUUUCUCAGCUUAGCUCAAACCAAUUAUCUUCUGAUAAGUCAAUUAGAAUUGCAGUUAGUCACUUUCCGUUAAUGGGUAUGAGCACCCCAUUUACUGAAAAGAUACUGAGGAACUUUCAGCCGCAUUUGAUUUUCUCUGCUCACUCACAUCUAUCUCGUCUUCGGGGACCAUCAAUGAAGUCCCCAUCAGCAUUGUUAGGUAGGCUAGGACCAGUACAAUUUGACUGUCUAAAUAGAACUAAAGAACACGAUCAUGAUGGUGGAUGGAAAAGUAUUGCCGAUGUCCAUGAAAUAGAAGUACCCACAUGCUCUUAUCGAAUGGGAGUUGCUGACAUGGGGUUUGGUUUUGCCCUUAUUGAUGAAACAAGGCGUGAGUUCCAAUAUGUGGUUUUGUGGCUACCGUCUAGGCUGAAACACCUCAAGUUGUACAUGGUUGCUGGAAUAGUUUUCAUGCUUUUUACUUUGUGGUGGUGUCUUUGUGGCUAUGGAAAAUCUCAUAAGUACAAUUCUAUCAACCAUCAGAGCUGAAUUGAUAUUUUCAAAAACUUGUAUCACUGCUCUCUAGAAGAUUCCGGUUUGAGUGUGAGUUGUGUGCCAUUUCUCAAUUCUGAUAUGUUUGCCUUUUACUUAUAGAACCAUGUGGUAUUCAAAUUGAUGUGUAGUAUUUAAUUCAUUAUAGUCAAAGACUGUAUGUUAUCUUGAGAUAUGUUAUAGAAAACCAAGUUGCCAUUCUUACUCAUAUCUGGAUUUUGUCCAACACCUUCUUAAAAGUAUACAUACAUAUCUUCAUUUAAGUUUGACCUGACUCUCUCAGAAAGAUAAUGGUCUCAAAAUGAGUCCCCAUUUAGAUUAAGUGAUUGACUGAGCUAUUGAUUUUGAUGGAUCGAGAUGGAAGUAAUUUCUUUGUGUAGUAUAAAACAUGCUGAUAUUUACUAUAAGUUGUGAUUUGUUGAUAUUCCGUCCUAUUUUGCUGUUUAGUGAUGAAAAUAAGUAGACUACUAAAAGACAAAUUUUUUGUACUGUAUUUUAUGUACUUACAUUAUGACCUUCAAUGUUUCAUCAAGUCCUACGUUUCUUAUCUUUGCAUUACUUCUCAUGAUAAUUUGAUACUUAAUCUGUUUUUUCUUUCUUUUACAAGAAUAAAAUAUUCUUAUACUUCUAUCACUCUAGGUUUUGAUGGGACCUGUGUACCUAGCCACUAGCACACCUGAAUUUUUACUAAAUUUGUUACCUUUCUCUUCUGAGGUUGUAAGUUGUAUCAGUUCUAAAACAUUGCAGAGGUUUUUUAAAUUACAAAUUCAGUUGCAAUAUUUUUAAAAAGACAAUUUUAGUCCCUUACAAUAUGUUGCAAUUUUUAAGAAGUUGGUCAUAGAUAAUGUAUUUAUAUUUUGCCAAACCAACAUAGUUAAGGAUCUAUUUUACAAAUGAUUGACCAUUAAUUUGUUAAUGUUUUCAAAUUUUGUGUAUUUGUAACAUAUUGCGUGUUUUUAUUAAGUUAUUGUGUAACAUUUAAUUUUUAGUUUCUUACAUUUUUCAUCUGCACGUGUGUUACUUGUUAUUUAUUUCAUGUGUGAGGACAUAUAUUUAUCCAAGAGCCCAUA